UCCGAAUUUGCUGGCCUUGUGCCAAAAUUUGAAACCAACAUUACAUUUAUAAUCAUGUUAACAUCAGAGACUUUUCUUAAAUUUUGACAAAUGAACCAGAGACGAACACUCGGAACUCUUCAUGUUUUGAAAACAAAAUUAUUACUGAAAAGACAACAAAAUGGCGAAUCCCACUGUUGCAUAUUUUUAUGAUCCUGAUGUUGGAAAUUUUCAUUACGGCCCCAGUCAUCCAAUGAAACCACAUAGAAUAGCCUUGACACAUUGUUUAGUUCUUCAUUAUGGACUUUAUAAAAAAAUGAAGGUCUAUCGUCCUUAUCGAGCAUCAGCCCAUGAUAUGUGUCGGUUUCAUUCUGAAGAAUACAUCAAUUUUUUACAGAGUGUUACUCCACAGACAGUACAAAAUUAUACUAAAAGUCUCAGUGCAUAUAAUGUGGGGGAUGAUUGUCCUGUAUUUGAUGGGUUAUUUGAUUUUUGUUCAAUGUACACUGGAGCAUCAUUAGAAGCUGCAGUUAAAUUAAACAACAAUCACUGUGAUAUAGCUAUAAAUUGGUCUGGAGGCUUACACCAUGCUAAAAAAUUUGAGGCUUCAGGUUUUUGCUAUGUAAAUGAUAUAGUGAUCUCUAUUCUGGAAUUGCUAAAGUAUCAUCCAAGAGUGUUAUAUAUUGAUAUUGAUAUUCACCAUGGAGAUGGAGUUCAAGAAGCUUUUUAUCUUACAGAUCGUGUGAUGACUGUAUCAUUUCACAGAUAUGGAAAUUAUUUUUUCCCUGGAACUGGUGACAUGUAUGAAUCAGGAGCAGAGAGUGGCAGGUACUAUUCAGUUAAUGUCCCAUUAAAAGAAGGAAUUGAUGAUCAAACAUAUAUGCAGGUCUUUAAGCCUGUAAUACAAGCUGUCAUGGAGAGCUAUCGACCAACAUGUGUUGUUUUACAAUGUGGUGCAGAUUCCUUAGGAAGUGAUCGAUUGGGCUGUUUUAAUUUAAGUGUCAGAGGUCAUGGUGAGUGUGUUCGAGUUGUGAAAGGUUAUGGUCUACCAAUGUUAGUAUUAGGUGGAGGAGGAUACACAAAAAGGAACGUGGCUCGCUGUUGGACUUAUGAAACAUCAGUUUUGUUGGAUGAUGAAAUUAAUAAUGAUUUGCCAUACAAUGAAUAUUUGGAAUAUUUUGGCCCUGAUUUUUCUCUCCAUCCAGAUAUUACAACUAAACAAGAGAACUGUAAUACAAAAGAAUAUUUAGAUAACAUUCGAAUGACAGUGAAUGAUAAUUUAAAGAAUGUGGCUCAUGCUCCAAGUGUUCAAAUGCAAGAUGUUGGCCCAGAUUUUGUAGGAUUUGAUCUGAAGACUGAAUUGGAUCCUGAUGUCCGAAAUCAUCAAGAAGAAAUAGAUCGACGAAUUGAACCAGUCAAUGAGUUUUAUGAUGGAGAAAAAGACAACGAUAAAGAUGCUGAUGGCUUUUUAGAUGUUUGAAGACAAGCAAGUUAGAUGGUAUAUCAGUAUGAAUACAUCUUCUUGAGCGAAUCAUCUUCAAUUUAACGGUUGGGAAACAUUACCAGCUCCACUACCACCACCACCACCACCACCACCAUUUUUAUUUGUUUUAUUCUCUCUCCUAUCAUUAUUAUAUCAACAUCAUAAUUGUCAUCUUCUUCAUCAUCAUCAUCAUCAUUGUCGUCAUCAUCAUCGUUGUCAUCAUCAUCAUUGUCAUCAUCAUUGUUGUCAUCAUCAUCAUCAUUGUUGUCAUCAUCAUCAUCAUUGUCGUCGUCGUCAUCAUCAUUACUGUUUUAGUAAUAUCAGUCUGAAUAUCAAUCAGUUAAAACAAAACAUGGAUUGGCUGGAGCUUUCUACAUCACUUACUGUUGUUAUUGCUUCUGAUUUAAAUUUUCUGCAAGCUGAUGUCUUUGCAGAUUUUAUUUCAUUUAAAUUGUCUGAAAAAAGUUCAGCCUUCAUGGGAAACAAAGAAAAAAAAAAUUCCUUACCUUGCAUUGCAUAAUUAGGUAGGGUGUAUAAUAUAUAUAUAUAAAGUUUUAAGCAAUCUAAUUUAAAAAUUUGAUUCUGUUUUCUU